UAUCACCAUGUCCGUUACUGUCCCACCUCAUUAUGAUAUCACACAGGAAAUAGAUUAUUAUGAUUAUGGCUUGUGGGAAAGGAUUACACUUCCACCAAAUAUAUAUGGGGCCAUGCGAAUAUUCUCCAUCAUCUGUCACAGCAUUACCUGCCUCGUUGGUGUUAUAGGGAAUGGUUUAGUCAUCUGGAUCGCCGGCUUCAAGAUGAAAUCAAUUAGUGCCAAAUGGUACCUUAACCUGGCGAUAACAGACUUUAUAUGCAGUGUCAGUACCGCUGUGCGUAUUGCAGAGUGGAUUUUGGUGGAUGAUAACAUUCUGUGUGAAUUCAGUUUUAGUCUACUCAUCCUAAACAUGCUCACCAGUGUCUAUUUCUUAACCGCCAUAAGUAUCGAUCGCUGCAUAACCAUAAUGUGGCCGUUUUGGGCAAAAAGUCACAGGACAAAAAGAUCAGCAACCACUGCUAUUGUUGUUAUCUGGGUGGUGUCUGUACUCUUCUCAGUCAGUAAUGGAUUUAUAAAUUGGGGAUUUCAUGUUUUGUUGAUGUGCGCUCCAGCAGAAAGUAAUUAUUAUCGAGUCUUCUACAAGUCUGUGGUGAAGAAGCCUGGAAUACUAAUGCAAUCUAUUCACAUUACUCUGUUUCUUGUCAUGUUUUUGUUACCAUUUACUAUUAUCCUGCUCUGUUAUGGUUUGAUCAUCUGCAAAGUGGCCUCUGUGAGAAGAAGAAACAAAUCUCAACGGUCGCUGAAGAUCAUCAUUGCAAUUGUCACCUGCUUCUUCGGCUGCUGGUUCCCAUAUAACCUAUGGCAGUUUAUCGCACUCAGGUCUCGUAAUGAUCACAUUGUUGCCGACUUGAUAAUAAGUUCAGUUUCAGUCUGUUUGGUUUAUACCAGCAGCUGCCUCAAUCCCAUCCUCUAUGUCUUCUUGGGCAGAGAGUUUAAGAGCAGCUUGACAAGGUCCAUACCAGCCAUACUAAAAAAUGUAUUCAGUGAUCCUGAGGAAGGGUAAAUUGUUGCUACUGCUAAAGUUACUUGAGAGUUGGCAAUUUAAUUCUCAACAUCUUACUGCUUAAUUACACACUGAUGCUUAAUUAUUGGCAUAAGCUUAAACAAGGUGACUGACAGAUGAAGAUUUGACACAUAUCAGAGAUAUCUAGCAUUGCCACCUGUCCGGUUUUGACCCAGACAGAUGGUUUUUGGAAGGACUGUCCUAGGAAAACUGGGCAGGAUUAUUGAGAUUGACACGGUGAUCAACCAAUUGGCAAUCGCCAUGUCAUAGUCCCGCCCAGUGACAUCACUGUCCUGCCUCUUCCCUGCCCCGUGAAAUCACAACCCCACCUGGAUGGCCUGGUUGUUUGGUCGAACACAUUGUGGUAGUAAGAGAUUAACCAAUCAGUUAUAUUUUUAUUAUUUAGUUUCUUUUAUUAUUAAUAUUAUAUUAAAUAUGAAUACUGUAUAUCUAUAGCAUGGCCACAACGUGGCAGUGUGCUAAAAUGUAAAUCCCUCAUGGUUUAUGGGGCCAUUUUGAAAAUAGUGAAACCUAGGAGGUGCAGAUAUAGCUGUUGUUAGGAUAGACUGGAAAUAGGUCACACU